GAAGGUGCUGGCGCGCCCCGUCACGUGGAAAAUGACCUUGUGACACCGAUGAUGACGUCUAUGCAGCAGACAGGUUUAGUAGACGUAGCAACAGUUGGCUAACGCUGGUAAUAAUGUAGCUGCUGUUUGUAGCAUGCAGCUAGUUAGCUUGGAGCGAACCGCUGCGUGCAGUUUAAAGGGACUGGUGUUAGCUGAGCCAUAAGUCGCCCAACAUCUCAGUGAGGUCUCGGGAAAACGUCCACCGUUCGUCCGGUUAUCCAGCUGCUCCGGUCCCUAUUCAGAUACGUUUCUGUGUAUAGUAGAGUUCUGGGUCUGAGCCAGAACAUCUGGGGCUGUUGUCGCUACUGAUGAACUUUUGAAGGUUCCAGGGAGACGCUAAUAGGUUAGAAAACAGCUUAGUGACACAGAACUUUAAAUCACAAUCACCGAACCCGUCUCGCUGUCUUGACAUGUAGACCCGUUUAGAUCCGGUCCAGGUCAAAAGGUCAAAACCCACACCUCUUAACCCUGGUCACUGGACUGGAUCGUCCUUUAGUGGCUGACCUGGGCUGAUUUUUAAGGUUCUGGGUGAAGUAUUUUGACCAAGCAUGGUGCAGCUGGAAUGGGCACUGAACAUAUUCAACAGUGGACAUCAUCAGAGUUCUCUUUGGGUCCAACAGAACCACCAGAGUUCUGUUGAUGCUUUAUUCAGGGUUCCCCUCAGUAGAAAACUUUAAACUAAUUGAAAUAAUGAACUGAACUCAAUCAGCUGAUAAGUAGGAUGUUUUCAAUUGGAAUGUUUACUUUGUAAAAUGCUUUGCCACGACUCUUCCUGUGAUUUGGCACUACGAAUAAAUUUAAUUGAACUAUUUGACCUGAUGGCGAGAAUCCUGGAAUCUUUUCGUCUGCUCAGUGGGUCUAAGCCACUCCACAUGAUGAUGUCACACAUUUCUCCUGUCAAGACAGUUGUUCCUUUGACUUUUCUCUGUUUCAGUGGAGGCGGGCAGUGCUUCUAAGCAGCCAUGAUGGAGGUGCGACAGGUGGACAUAUCUCCUGCUGCUUCUGACCACAAUAGCCCUACCACCUCCCCCUCCAUCAGCUCUUCCCCCUCUGUGUCCCUCCCCUCCACCCCAUCAUCCUCCUGCAGCCCCCCACAGCCCCCGCCACCUUUGCUGGGCAUCAUCAGCGAGGGUGUUGGUGAGCUGAGCCUGAUGAUUGAUGCAGAGGUGGCCCAGAAGGCGUGUCAGGAGGUCCUGCAGAAGGUGAAGCUGGAGCACGUAGAGACUGACGCUGCACACCUGCAGAAUGGGGAGGGGCCAGACAGUGGGUCCCAUAGCCCUCCAGCUCAUACAGUCAAAUCAGUACUGAUCCGUGGGGAGGAGGAGGAGCAGGGAGGCCCUGCCGCCAGCUCGGCAAAGAGCGCCCGACGGCGACAAAGACACAACCCUUCGAAGCAGUCCUGGCUGCUGCGCCUGUUUGAGUCUAAGCUGUUUGAUGUUUCUAUGGCGAUCUCCUACCUGCACAACUCCAAGGAACCUGGUGUGCAGGCAUACAUCGGAAACCGCCUGUUCAGUUUUUCGCACGAGGAGGUGGACUUCUACUUGCCGCAGCUGCUCAACAUGUACAUCCACAUGGACGAGGACGUCGGAGAUGCAAUCAAGCCUUACGUGGUGCACCGCUGCAGGCAGAGCAUCUCCUUCAGCCUGCAGUGCGCCUGGCUGCUGGGAGCAUACUCCUCCGACAUGCACAUUUCCACUCAGAGACAUUCUAGAGGAACCAAACUCAGGAAGCUCAUCCUCUCAGAUGAACUCAAACCUGCAGGGUCUCGAACCCGCAGGGAGCCCCUUGCUCUGACACCAUUCUGCCCUGCGGCAUCACCUGGGCCUCUGGGAGCAGAACACAGCCUGUCCCCAUCCAAACGCACACAUCAGCGCUCAAAGUCCGACGCCACGGUCAGCAUCAGCCUGAGCAGCAACCUGAAGAGGACCGCCAGCAACCCAAAGGUGGAGAGUAGCCAGGAUGAGGACAGCAGCUCCAGCUCCGACAGCCUGGAGUUUGAUUCCUGUCCCCCCAUGCGUCUGGCGCCUCAGAGGGAGUUCAUCAAAUCCCUGAUGGGGAUCGGGAAGCGUCUGGCCACACUGCCAACCAAAGAGCAGAAGACCCAUCGGCUGAUCUCAGAGUUGUCGCUGCUCAACCACAAGCUGCCGGCACGAGUCUGGCUGCCCACCGCUGCCUUUGAGCAUCACGUGGUCCGUGUGCCACACACACAGGCUGUCGUCCUCAACUCCAAAGACAAGGCUCCCUACCUGAUCUAUGUGGAGGUUCUGGAAUGUGACAACUUUGAGACGUCUAACGUUCCCAUCAGGAUCCCAGAGAACCGGAUCAGGAGCACGCGCUCUGUGGAGAAUCUUCCAGAUUGUGGCAUCACGGUAGAGCAGCGAGCGGGAAGCUUCUCGAUUGUCCCAAACUACGACAACGAUGACGAGGCCUGGUCUGUGGAUGACAUUGGAGAGUUACAGGUGGAGCUCUCAGAGGUACACACCAACAGCUGUGACAACAUCAGUCAGUUCUCUGUGGACAGCAUCACCAGCCUGGACAGCAAGGAGCCCGUCUUCAUCGCCGCUGGAGACAUAAGGCGCCGUUUGUCCGAGCAGUUGGCUCAGGCCCCCACCACCUUCAGACGAGACCCUGAAGACCCUUCAGCUGUGGCCCUCAAGGAGCCCUGGGAAGAGAAAGUCCGGAGGAUCAGGGAGGGUUCUCCUUAUGGACACUUCCCUACCUGGAGACUCCUCUCAGUUAUCGUAAAGUGUGGAGACGACCUGAGACAGGAGCUUCUGGCCUUCCAGGUCCUGCAGCAGCUGAAGUCCAUUUGGGAGCAGGAGCGUGCCCCACUCUGGAUCAAACCGUAUAAGAUCCUGGUUCUGUCUUCAGACAGCGGGAUGAUCGAGCCUGUGGUGAAUGCCGUGUCCCUCCACCAGGUGAAGAAGCAGAGUCAGCUGUCCCUGCUGGACUACUUUCUACAGGAACACGGCGCUCCAACCACAGAAGCCUUCCUGACGGCUCAGAGGAACUUUGUCCAGAGCUGCGCAGGAUACAGUCUCAUCUGCUACCUGUUGCAGGUCAAGGACAGACACAAUGGGAAUAUCCUGCUGGAUGCUGAUGGACACAUCAUCCACAUCGACUUUGGCUUCAUUUUGUCCAGCUCCCCUAGAAAUCUCGGCUUUGAGACUUCUGCCUUCAAACUCACCUCUGAGUUUGUAGACGUGAUGGGCGGGCCAGAUGGGGACAUGUUUAACUACUAUAAGAUGCUGAUGCUGCAGGGUCUGAUUGCAGCCAGGAAGCACAUGGAACGAGUUCUGCAGAUUGUUGAGAUCAUGCAGCAAGGCUCACAGCUGCCCUGUUUUCAUGGAUCCAGCACCAUGCGAGGUCUAAAGGAGCGUUUCCACAUGAGUUUGACUGAGGAACAGCUUCAGCUGCUGAUUGAUCAGCUGGUAGAUGGAUCAAUGAGGUCGCUCACCACCAAACUGUACGACGGCUUCCAGUACCUCACCAAUGGCAUCAUGUGACCUCCAGCUCAUUUCAUUUGUGUCUUCAUUUAUUUAUUGUUUUCUUUAGAAGAUUUGUGUUUCCUCUUUGUUUUGUCUAGAUUCUUUAAUGUUCCUUUUCUUUAUUUUCCAUAUUUGUUUGGACUGCUCCUGUUGGCUUUUCAGCAGGACUCUUGGCCAAUCCGAGAGCAGCCUAGUUUUACUUUGGAAUGUGAACAUUGAGCAAGUGACUGGUGUUUACAGGUGAACAAGAAGUUCUCAUGGAACAGACUGAUUAAACUUCCAGACUGUUUUAGCUGUUGGACUUUUAUCAGUUUGUUUGAUCCAUUAAAACCAGCUGGUGUCGACCUGCAGAUGGUA